AGAAUUCACAACAAAGGGCUAGGUCUCUGGGGUGGAAAGGGGGCAGAAGCAGAGGGAGGGCGACGUCCUUACCCAUGGCGGAAGAAUUGCAGGUCAUAGGUAACGAAUACCCGGUCACUUCGCCCACAUUUGGACCGUCCGGCGACCUCUUCGCGGUCUCCUCGGCGGGGGACAUCUUUCGCUACUCUACGGAAGGCUAUGACAACGAGUUUCAGAUGGAAGCCUGGGGAAAUUCAUCGGGCCAGCCCCUGGGCUUAGACUUUGACAGUCAGGGUGUAGCCUUCGUCUGCGACGCAGCACAUCAAGCGAUCUUUCGCAUUCUGCGCGUGGAGCGAGAGGGAGGCACCUUUGCUCAUCAGAUCGAUCCCUAUGUCAAAGAGUACGAGCAGUCCCAAUUCCUGGGACCCAACUCGUUAUGCCUGUCUCGGCAGACUGGCAUGCUGUACUUUACCGACAGUGGGCCAUUGGGGGAGACCUCGCUGCAGAACCCCAGCGGCUCGGUUUUUGCCAUCAGCCCCUCCACACAACUGUUGAUCCCACUGUGCCUCAAAACUUUGGCGCAUCCUUGUGGGGUGGCACUGUCGCCUGAUGAGAAGAACAUCUAUGUAGCAGAAACUGCCAUGAACCGCAUUCUGCGAUUCACUCAGCAUCCGCCGCAAGUCUUCCACUGCAGUGUCUUUUGUCAACUCAGUGGACGCUUUGGCCCCACAGCAUUGGCGGUGAGCGCAAGGGGAGAUCUCUAUGUGGCACACUUCGACUUCGCCGAGAAUGCCGAGCAUGGCCGGAUUGUUGUGCUGAACAGUGAUGGAGAGGUUACAGGUUCCAUCACGGUUCCUGGACCGGAGAUCACCGGCCUAUGCGUCUCGCCCGAUCAGAGGUACUUGGUGGUGUCGGAACGUUCCACCACCACGCUGUAUCGAACGCCACUGUGACCCCGGGACCCGUUGUCGUUUCACAUUUCGGAGCGUUUCACCUCGAACAGCCCACUGGAAAAAGGCCUGAAAACAUGGAGAUGUUGCUGGAAAUUCG